AUGCUGACCCGAGACCCCAGAACAUGGACAAGACAGACCGAUCUGGAGGAACUGAAGGAAACGGAUCCUGGCCUCGCCAUUGCAGCAAGCGUCCCAGUACGCCGAUUAGGCCAUCCCACAGAGGUUGCCAACAUCGCUGUUAUGAUGGCAAAAACUGGAUAUCUCACUGGACAAGAUAUCAUCUUGUCUGGUGGUUUGAAGUAG